AAGCAAAGUUUUGUGUCAUACCUAAAAAAUAAAACAAUCCAGUUUAAUUAUUUCUGAACUACAUUAAGACCAAGUUUCUCUCUGUCUUCUUGACUCUUAAGAGACCAGAGAGAAAGCUGUGCUCUCAGACAUGGCGUUCACUGUCAUGAUUCUUUUUCUCAUCCCUUUCUCCAUAACCACAGCAACAACGGAGACCUCUAUUUACAUCAUCCACAUGGACUUAUCCGCCAAACCGACACCUUUUACCGAUCACCAGAGCUGGUUUUCCACGACUCUCACUUCGGUUACCACCGGAAGAAAACCAAAGAUUCUCUACGCUUAUACGGAUUCGGUUCACGGGUUUAGCGCGGUUCUCACCAACUCCGAGCUCAAACGUCUUCAACACAAACCCGGGUAUGUCUCUUUCACCAAAGAUUUACCGGUUAAGCUCCAUACCACUUUCUCUCCACAAUUCAUCGGUCUUGCUUCAAAUUCCGGUACAUGGCCGGUCUCGAGUUAUGGAGCCGGUACGGUUAUUGGUAUAGUCGAUACCGGAAUAUGGCCGGAUCACCCCAGCUUUCAUGACGAUGGGCUUGGUUCGCUCCCCUCUACAUGGAAAGGCAAAUGUGAAUUCAAUUACUCUUCCUUGUGCAACAAGAAACUAAUCGGUGCUAGGGUUUUCAACAAGGGCUUGUUCGCCAACAACCCUGACUUGAGAGGUACCAAGAAGGAUCAAUACUCUUCACCUUACGAUACAAUCGGACACGGCACUCAUGUUGCGGCCAUUGCGGCUGGGAAUCGCGUCAAAAACGCGUCUUACUUCUCUUACGCGCAAGGAACCGCUUCGGGAAUCGCGCCGUACGCACACAUAGCGAUGUAUAAAGCUGCUUGGGAGGAAGGCGUCUACUCAUCAGACGUGAUCGCAGCGAUUGAUCAAGCGGUUCGAGAUGGAGUCGAUGUGAUAUCUUUAUCACUGGGACUAAGCAUUGAUGACGACGAUGGUGAUGACGUGGGUCUAGAAAACGACCCAAUCGCAGUCGCAGCGUUUGCAGCGAUUCAAAAAGGCGUUUUCGUUGUUGCGUCUGGUGGUAACGACGGGCCGUAUUACUGGAGUUUGAUCAACGGAGCACCGUGGGUUAUGACGGUUGGAGCGGGAACAAUCGGUCGCGAGUUUCAAGGGAUCUUAACGUUGGGAAACGGAGUUAGUUUCAGUUUUCCGUCUCUGUUUCCCGGAGAGUUCCCGUCGGUUCAGUUUCCGGUAACGUACGUCGAGUCUUGCGAUGCAGGAAACAAGACUCUGGUGAGCAGGAUCAUUGUCUGUAACGGAAACAUUCAACAAGCCAGAUCCACUGGAGCUACUGCAGUGGUAAUAAUAACAGACAGGUUACUUGCGGAACAAGACACAGUCAAGUUCCAGUUUCCGGUAGCAUUCAUCAGCUCGAAACACGGAGAAGCUAUCAAAAGCUACGCAUCAAGCUACAGCAACAACGCCACCGCGAAGCUGGAGUUUCGCAAAACGGUGAUCGGGACUAAACCAGCACCUGAAGUAGACAGUUACAGCUCGAGAGGUCCGUUCGCAAGCUUCCCUCAGAUCCUCAAACCGGACAUUUUAGCUCCUGGGUCACUCGUACUCUCAGCCUGGCCACCGUCUAAACCAGUGGCGGGUACUAGAGCACGACCGUUGUUCAGCGGAUUCAAUCUCUUAACCGGGACAUCAAUGGCUUCACCUCACGUAGCUGGAGUCGCUGCGCUUAUAAAGCACGUCCAUCAAGACUGGAGUCCCUCGGCUAUAAAAUCAGCAAUUAUGACAACGGCUUUGACUUUAAACAACCCUUUAGCCGUUGGAGCAGGACACGUGCGUGCGGACAGAGUCCUGAGCCCUGGCUUAAUCUAUGACACAUCUCCACAAGAUUUUAUUAACUUCCUUUGUCACGAGGUUAAACAGUCCAGGAAAUUGAUUAAUAUCAUCACAAGAUCAAAUGCAUCCGACGCGUGCAGACACCCAUCUCCAUAUCUCAAUUACCCUUCGAUCAUUGCAUACUUCACUUCAGAUCAAAACGGUCCUAAGAUCGUUAGAAGAACGUUGACAAAUGUGAGGGAAGCAAAGAGAAGCUAUAGCGUGAGAGUGAGAGGCUUGAAAGGUAUAAACGUUGUCAUAGAGCCAACGAGAGUAAUGUUCAGCAAGAAAAACGAGAAGCAAAGCUACACUGUGAGGUUGGAGAGUCAGAGAGCGUUGCGAGGGGACGUGGUUUAUGGAGUUGUGAGUUGGGUUGAUGACGAAGACGCUAAGUUUGAAGUAAGCUGUCCUGUGGUGGCCACGAGCCUUGUCCAAGAGUCUUGAUAUACUUAAAAUAUGUGUGUGUUUUACGUUUUUAUUUUCGUGUGCUCUGCCUAAACAUACGAUCUUUAAGAGAUUAACUUUCA